AUGCUUUCAGGUUUAAAGUUUAUACCCCGGGAACAAAUUGAUAAAGCAAAGGAUGAAAACUCAGAUGACAGUAAAAAGGAGAGAAGAAAACCAGGCAGAAGAAAAGAGAAAGAUAGAAGGAAAAAGAAGACUUCGCGUUACAGUAGUUCUGAUGAUGAAGGCUUUGAAAGAAUAAAAAGUGGGUCUAGAAAGAAAAAGAAGUGGUAUGCUUCGGAUGAGGAUUUGUCUUCAAAUUUAGAUGAAAGUGGGAGUGAUAAUGAUUCCGAGAUUGAUCACAAGAAACGUACAAGUCUGAAAAUUGAGAAGAAAAAACAUGAUGGUAGCUCUCGAGAUGAACUUAGGGGUCGGUCAAAGAAGAAGUCCGAGAGUCGGAAAAAACAGUAUCCGUCUGAAGAUGGAUCACCAUAUGAUUCUGGAAGUGCAAAUUCCAUCGAGGAAAGGGGGCAUCAUAAAGGAGGAAGGGGAAGUCGGAAGAAGGAUAAGAAAAGGGGAGGCGAGGAUGACACCAUGGAUAGUGACUUGUAUGAUGAUGGUGAAGGAUCUCUGUCGCAAAACUACAGCAAUAUUGUGAGGAAAGAAAUGGGAUUGGACUGGAUGCUUCGGCCUAAGGACAAUACUGAGAAGACUUCUGACAAAGCUUCUGACAUGCUGCUAGAGGAAGCCUCAGCUGAAGAGGUUAAGAAAAUGAAUCCUAGAGAAUUAAAUCCAUAUUUGAAAGAUGAUGGGAGUGGUUAUCCAGAAGAGUCUGAUGGAGUAAAGUCUGAGAGCCACCUUUUAUCAACUGCAGUUGUUGGCGAUGGAGGUGCCAGCUGGAGGCUAAAAGCUUUGAAGAGAGCCCAAGAGCAAGCAGCUCGUGAAGGACGGAAGCUUGAGGAGGUGGUUGAAGAGCGUUGGGGUUCUAUGGGUCAAUUUGCAGCUUCUGUGGCUUCUCGUACAGUUGCACCAAUUCAUGCUCAUCUUCAUGCUAUAAGAAAUAGGAAGAAACAGUUAAUUGAAGAAGAAAGGACAAUUAUAAAUAAUGAAAAUAAUAGUUCUGUUGAGAAGAAUUCUGAUCGGAAAAGCACACUGGAUGUUACCCCUCAGCAUCCUAGAAUGAGAGUGCCCAAAGUUCGAGAUUCUUUAUCCUGGGGGAAGCGGAGAAAUCAAAGUAUGUCAACUCAGGAUUCUGCUCUUGUCUCUGCUGCUAUGUCAAGCUUAAAUACAUUUGAUAAUGAUGGAAGCUUCAUGCAUAAAUUUGCGUGUCAGAAGAAUGAUAAUUCUGUUGAUCUCAGUAAUUCUUCACGUACUAAGUCUGAGGAAAGAGCUGAACCAAAAUCAGUUGGGUACGAAUCUGAGGAAUCUAAAGAAGACACAUCAAUUGUGAAGCCAGCGGUGAGUGCGAAUCAGUUGGCUGCUAGAGCCUUGCAACUCCGUAUGAAAGGAAAGCAUGAAGAAGCUGAAAAACUUUUGAAAGAAGCUGAGAAAAUAAAAGCUACACGGGUUGUUGGUAAUGAGUCAAGCAGACCACAAAUUGAUGGGACUACUAGCAGGUAUAUUAUGAAUGAUGUCUCUGCCCAACAAAAGAAGAUAGAAGUGGAUGCUGAUUUGAUUCUAGCUCAAACAAUUAUGCGUAAUCUUCAGUAUAGCUAA